AACUCGGCGCUCGUCUGGGCCCGGCGUGGGAAGGAAGCGGGCCGGGGGUUCGCCGUCGAGAGGACCGGCGGUGGCUCUCCCUACGCAUGAUGCAGCCGGUGGAAGCGCCUCCAGUUCCCUCAAGGGCAGAAGAACAACGUCUCCCCUCGCAACGUGGCGACUAAUCCUGCCCUUUUCUCCAGGGGACGCGCCGCUUUCGCAACGGAGGGGCAUUGCGAUUGCACGGCGCUUGUUGCACUUAGAGCCCACCAACUCCGGGCGGUGUGCAUGCUUCUCCCGCGUCCUCAUUUAACCGCCAUAACAACUACAACCACCACCGCCACCUUGCUCUGCUGCGAUUAAAGCACCUUCGACAGUCCCCGCAGCAGUUCUCACGUUUUGCAUGCGAAAGGUCUUGGUUUCACUCCUUCCCAUCUCCAGACAAUGGAGGAUAGUGAAGAUGAGUGGCUGUCUCUCAAGCCCAAAGAGCCGUUGCCAUUCCAGUGCUGUGGUAGUGGCUGCAAACCCUGUGUCUAUGACACGUAUCAGGAACAGCUGGAGCAAUGGGAAAAGGCCAAGGCAAAACAAGACAGAAGCCUCCUGACAAGGAAGAAACAGCAAUGUAGUAAUUCAGAACUAACUCCAGAAACGUUUACGGCUUUCAUCAUAAGCUCUAUGGAUCAGCUGACAGAGGACACCUACCAGUAUAAAUUUGAAUUGCCUGGAAAUAGCAGCCUAGGGUUGAGUUUGGGACAACAUAUUGUGCUAAGAGGACUAGUGAAUGGUUUGGAGGUUCAGAGAGCCUAUACUCCAAUUACUCCUGUGAAUGCUGAAGGGUACUUUGAAGUUUUAAUAAAGUGCUAUGAAGAUGGACUCAUGUCACAAUAUGUAAAAUCCUGGAAAGAAGGAGAUUCGGUUUGUUGGAGAGGACCAUUUGGAGGUUUUCCUUAUUCAGCCAAUCAAUAUGGAGAACUUCUCAUGCUUGCUUCUGGUACUGGUCUAGCACCAAUGCUUCCUAUUCUUCAGUACAUAACAGAGAAUGAGGAUGAUGAAACAUUUGUAACUCUAGUGGGCUGCUUCAGGAACUUUGAAAAUAUCUACAUGAAGCCUCUUCUUCAAGAGCAAUCUCGAUUCUGGAACAUAAGGGCAUUUUAUGUAUUAAGCCAGGAACACUCACUCGAAAAUCUGCCUUGGAGCUUUCAAAAAAAUACACACCUUGGUCGAAUAAACGAGGACGUGAUUAAUAGUAUGGUGAAGACAUGCAGAAGACAACCUUACAUAUUGAUAUGCGGCUCUGUGACAUUUAGUGAAGAGAUGGAGAGAUCUUUGAAAGCCAUUGGUCUUAAAGAAGAUUCUUAUUUUAUAUUUUAACGGACUUUAAACAAACAAGGCAUCUUUGCUACGAAUAACCUUAAUCUGUCUUUGGUGAGAUUGGAUUUUUUUAAGAAAAAGUUUAGCUGUGCCGAUCCAUCCAAAUUUAUGCCUUCUGUGUCCUAAGAGUUGGCUAAACAAUCCCAUGAAUGAGCAGAUACCACAGCCUGGUUCCACUUGCAGCCAGUUAUUCUUGACUGUUUCCAGAAAGUAAUUAUGGGGAAGCUAUGGCUCAGCACCAUGGGAAUUGUCCUGUGGCACCCCACAGAGCUCCAUCUUGUUCCCCGUGGCAUUUUACAUCUAUUUGAAGCUGCUGAGAGCUGUCAUCAGGAGAUUUGGAGAGAGAUGUUAUCAGUAUGCAGGUGAUGCCCAGCUCUAUCUUUGUUCCAUCUGAAUCCGGAGAGCACUUCAGGACUCGCACUUAGAAGAAGUGAUGGGCUGGUUAUGAACCAAUACACUGAAGCUGAAUCCCGAUUGCCCAUCCCUAGAUGCCCAGGUGCCCUAGGCACAGUCCAGCAAGAGACUUGUCAUAUUUAAGUCCCAUUGAGAGCAAUAGCAUUUGGCUGAACCUGUGGCCAGACUCCACGGCCCACCAUUCAAGUUCAGAGGGCAGAAUCUGCAGUACAAUAAGGAACAAAAAAAGAGAGAGAGCUUCAACUUCACUUUAUAACAAAAGGCUUAAAUUUGAUCUAUUUCAGAGCUGGGAGGAUAUUGAUCUGUAGACCGAGGAAACCGGAAACCUUAGCCUGAUCUAAUUAAUACACAUAAUGGAAAAUUGCAUUGGGUUUGUGUUGUUAGUCAUAGAAGCCUCUUUGAGGGGGAAAUACCCCAUGAUGUUCUACUUUUCUCAGCACAGAACUGAAAAAUGAAUACAUCUACAAAGCUUUGCUUCCAGCAUAGGGAGGGGUCAUAGCUUGGUGGUAGCUACAUGCUCUGCAUACACAAGUUCCCAGCACCAGUCUCUGGCAUCUUCUCUUAAAAGGAGGAACAAUGGUCUGCCUCAGUACCAUGCAGUUUUAUGUUCAUAUGUGUACAUAAUGUAUGUAUUUGUGGCUACGUUUUAGCCUGUAAAGAAUUUACAGUCAAAUGAGCUACCGAAAGCUGUUCAUGUUAAAAAUCAUGACCAAUCUACACACUGCUCAGAAAUAUAGCACACUACUCCCGUCAUUUCUUGUGGCAUUUAAAAUGCUUCCAUAAUAUGUAAAAAUGUCUUCAUAUACUGUGCAAUUCAAUUUAUCUAAAUAGCCUCAGGAGCACAGAAAACAUUUGAGUAAUCAGACAGCAGAUAAAAGAGGAUAUCAUUUCCAUAAGGUUACACUAAUGUGGAGUCACAAGAGAGAUGAGUGAACUCAAAACUGAAUUAGUAGUAUCUGAAGGUGGGAGAAUAGGGAGAGGUUCCACCAUAUAUAGAAAAAUGUAACGCUUUAACUAUGUCACUAUGAUUCUUUCCAAAUAGACAGUCCUGAAUCUUUGGGGAAUAAUAUGGUAAGAAUCAAGAUAAUCAAUUGCUCCUCUUUAUUUCUCUGUUCACAUGAAGAACUUGAAUCAUACAACCUGACUCUAUCCUCUGGCGAGACUGCUUGAGUAGGACAGGAUGGUAUCUUACUCUCCUUGCGCUAGUGCAAAACAGUCACUUAAUGGUUGUAGCCUGUUAACUAAAUCCCUACUCAAGUGUUCAGUGAAUGUAUGAGGCGGGAGCAGGACAAAGCCUUCUGGCUGCAUACCCUAGCCUAAGCCCUUGCACCUUCAGCUGAGUGCAAAAAGGGGCCUUACAUAGCAGCCCUUUCUAUGUGUUCAUUUAAAUGCACAUAGGACAGGGUGUGGCGUGAGGAAAUGGGCCUAUUUCCCUCUCCACACAUUCAGUAAACAUGUAGGAAAACACAUACAGGGAUAAAUGCUUUACAUGGAAACCAAGCCUCACGAGGAACACUAGAAAGAGCUGGGUAUGUUUGGCCUGGAAAACAGGAGACGGGGAGGAGAUAUGAUACCCAUCUUCAAAUAUCUGAAGGGCUUGGUAUCUGGACCAGGAGCGUAAUUGAAAUAUAUAAACAAAGGAAAGCAUCAAACCAUUAAUUCUAGCAUGCAGGGGGGGGGGGGACCUAAAUUGUAUAAUUUGGCAUCUCAAUAAUUGAUAUUAUUAGUUGUAUUAGAAUUUGGCAUUGCUAUAAUAAGGUUGUUAUUGGAUAAUAAUAAUAAUAAUAAUAAUAAUAAUAAUAAUAAUAAUAAUAAUAAUUUAUCAUUUAUACCCCGCCCAUCUGGCCGGGUUCCCCCAGCCACUCUGGGCGGCUUCCAACAAAACAGAAAUUCUAAAAUACAGAAAUCCAUCAAACAUUAAACAUUGGACUGUUGUAAUGGAAAACUAAUAAAAAUUAUUAUCAAAUAUCUGAAUGGCUGUCACAUGGAAGGUGGAGCAAGGUUGUCUUCUCCUGCUCCACAGGGUAGGACUCGAACCAAUGGUUUCAAGUUACAAGAAAGGAGAUUCCGACUAAACAUCUGGAAAAACUUUCUGACAGGAAGAGCUGUUAGACAUUGGAAUGGACUCCCUUCGGAGGCUGUGGACUCUCCUUCCUUGGAGGUUUUUAAGCAGAGGUUGGGUGGCACCUGCCAUGGAUGCUUUAGUUGAGAUUCCUGCAUUGCAAGGGGUUGGACUAGAUGACCCUCAGGAUCCCUUCCAACUCUACAAUUCUAUUAUUCUGUGACAUGUAUGCAUCUACAUUUAACAAGGAAAAGAACAUUGUCAUUAUCACUGAAAUCCCCUAUCCCCUGUGGUUGCUGAUUGCUAAAGUUUUAGGAGACAGGAGAUGCAAUCACAGAUCUCCAUCAUAUAUAUAUUUUUGUUAGGCUCAGAGCCAUCCUUGCCAGUUCUUUCCUUGCAUAAGCACUGGAGGUGUUUUCUUGGUACGGUAUAAUGUUAUGCUUCAUGGAGGCAUCAAGCAGUUGUUUGGGACUCUGUUGUGAGAAUGUCAUAUAAUUCUUCCAACUUUGCUCCUGUGUUGAUUUAAUGGGUAGAUAGUAAUUAGCUUGUGUUGGCACAAGCAGUGGUAAGCAUUUAGGUACACUAUAGGAUUUUGUUGUAAGAAAUAGAAACUUGUCCAUCAAAUGUUGUGUUUUUGCAUGACAUAAUAUGUGAGAUAGCAGUAGUUGUUCUCUGAUGACUCAGACUGCCAUUCUAAAUACAUCUGCUGGAGAGUAAGUCCCACUGAAUUUAGAUUGACUUCUGAGUAAACAUGUUUCAGAUUUCACUGUCAAAGAAACGAUACUGACUUGAGUUCUUUGACACACAAGAUUGCGUUUAGCUUUAAAUUCAUAGAAUUAGAUGUGUCAUUUCCAUUAUGUUUUUAACUGAAUGGGACUAUUAAUAAGUUAGUCAAACAUGCCUAAAAAGCUUCUUCUUCUUCUUCUUCUUUUAGUCAUACGGGAAAGAUAUGAAAGGUAUAAUUUUUUCAGCAGUCAGUCAAAAGUAUAUGGCAUGCACUGAAACAACAAAAAUGAGUAUUUGAUUUCCAUACUGUUAAGGAAGUGAAUUUGUCUGAACAGGGACCCCAGAGACACUAGCUUAUCACCACUAUCAGUAGUGUCAUCUCUGUCUUUGCUGCCAAUGACAACAUUGACAAUUAGCUUAUACUGUGGAUAGGCAAACUUCUUAAAAUGUGUCUUAUUUCAUCACUCAAGGUUGUGAUGAGAAUGACAUAUUUUACUGGUUCAUAAGUGACGUGAGCAAAUUCUGCUGGUAAAUACUCCCUGUUUGGUUCCCAUGCUUGAGCUUUCCUGUGCAGGUGAAUCAGAAAUCUGUAACUAGGGGUUCUUUGAGACCCUGCACUCCAGGCAAAUACAGGUGACACAUUGGUAGUUGACUCACUGAGGGAGUUGGGUAUGUUUUUAGCCUGGUAAAGAGGAUACUGAGAAGAGAUAUGAUAGCCAUCUUCAAAUAUCUAAAGGGCUGUCACAUGGAAGAUGAAGCAAGCUUGUUUUCUCUCACUCCGGAGGCUAGAACCUGAACCAAUGAAUUCAAGUGACAAGAAAGGACAUUCCAACUAGACAUCAGGAAUAAAUUUCUGGCAGUAAGAGCUGUUUGACAGUGGGAUGGACUCCCUAGGGAGGUGGUGGACUCUCCUUCCUUCCAGGUUUUAAAGCAGAGGUUGGAUGGUCAUCUUUCAUGUAGUCUUUAACUGAGAUUCCUGCAUUGCAGGUGGUUGGACUAGAUGAUUCUCAGGGUCCCUCCCAACUCUACAGUUCUAUGAUACUUUUCCAGAAAAAAAUCAUGGUCAAAGCAGCUUAUAACAAACAGCAAAACAUCUCAAGAUCAACCAUUGCAAGAGCAGUAAUAGUAAAAUGACAACAUAACAGCAAAUAUAGCAUACAAAAAACGCAACUUCUCUGUGCUGUAUAUAACAACAUUACAUCAACAACACUAGAAAUAACCAGGGAGCUUGAGAGUUUCACCUUGGUCCUAGAAAUGCUGCUCCCAUGCAGUUCCCCCUGCAGCAGCUUAUAAGGGUUCUAAAGGCUGGGGUAGCUGGAAACACUCCUCCCAUGAUGUUGGUCACCGUCCUUGACUAGAAGGUCUUGUGCAACAAAUCCACUUCCCCCCAGAAAAUAGAUGUUUUUCAAUAAGGAACAUGAUGCAAAAAUGCAAUGGAACCUAAGAGAGAACACCUGCUUUGAUGCAAUGUCAUCUAACCUCCCAGCAAACAAAUGAAUGCUCAAUCAUGUUUUUUUUUUAAAGCACACCUGGAAGCACCCCAAAAGUCAGGGAUGGGUAACAACCCUGCUUUGUUUGACAGGCUUGUCUUGCAUUGGCUAUGCCAGGUCUAUGACAGGUCUUGAACUGGAAUUAAAGCCUAUUUCAAUGAAAGACAUGCUGUGUGUACAUACAGUGGCAGCUGGCGGGGGUCUAUCUGAAAGGCCAUUGCCCCCACUAUACUGGUGCUCCUCACAAUGCACAGUCCUGCAGUUCCUCUACAGCAGGAAAUUAAAUUUAAUUUGAAUUUGUUGACCCUCCUAGAUAGAGAGAAGGUGAGCUCAUCUAGUUGCAGAAGCCUGCACAUGCUUCCUGUUCCUUGCAGAAACCCACACACACUGUAUGUUCCUUCUAUGUGGAGCAGGCCAUGUUUUUCAGAUAGAUGGAAGAUAUGCUCACCUAAUACUUGAAAACUGGAGUGAAAAGCUGUCCAUGUCAGGUCUUAAGGAGAAUACAUCAGCUCUUCUACUUGGUUGCUAAGAAGUGAAGGUAGGGGAACAUAUGCUUAGAUUUCAUAGCAACCUUUAUAUUCUUGCAGAGCUCUUUUUUUUAUGUCUGCGUGACUAGCAGACAUUUAGCAGGUAUAUUUGUGUGCCUGGAAAAGGAUCACUUGCUGGAUUUGUGCUUUCCAUGCAACAAUUAAAGACCCUAAAACCCUUCUGGGCAUAGCUGUCAAGUUCCCCCUUUUUUUAAAGGGAAAUUCUCUCAUGCUGAAUAGGUUUCCUCGCGAGAAAAGGGAAAACUUGACAGGUAUGCUUCUGGGCAAAGAGGUCAAAGCAAUGGUGAGAAGUUUAAGAAGCGGGAUGUGAUUCUGUGGUAGAGAAUGAUGAGGAUUGCUGGGGUCACUCUGGAGAGAGAGGUAGCUGAGAAAGCUACAAGUGGAUCACAGGUGGGAUCUGGCCUGAAGAAAAGCCAAAAGAAGGCUUAGGAAGGGGGAGAGUUGGGAAAACCAGCUGUGAUUCAGAUUCACAGCCAAGCACUCAGCCCCUCCACAGGUGAUCUGAAAAAAAGAGAAGCCAGAGGCAAUAUACGGUAAUAGAUAAGGCCAGAAACCAGGAGGCUCUAAUAUGCUUAUCAAGUGAUAAACUCAUCAGUGGGACUUUUACACUUUUAGUUAGUUGCUUCCAUGUAUUAAUCAAAAACAGUGUGCUCAGUGCAUCGGAUUAUUCUAAGCUUUUAGAUAUCUCCCAGACAAUUGUAAGGAUGAUGCCAGAUGACAUACUUAAAAAAAAAAUGUCUGUUUGGGGGGCUGAGGGAGGAGAGAAGCUGAAUUAGGGGUUGCUAAAACAUAUGAACAGACUUUCGAAAUUUCCUUUCUGCCCUCCCCAUUUUCAUUCUUCUUUAUUCCACCAAGGUGUAGAGGCUGAAGUAGACACCUUCCUUGCAAUGGUGCCCCAGUAGUUCCUCCGAGUGACCCCCCUUUUCCUUUCCUUCCCUCCCCCUCCAUCUCCAUCUGACUGACAAAUGACAAUUCUGCCAUUUCAGACACAGCUUGUGCAGCGCAGGCACCAGGUCACGAGAGGGUGAAAUGUGUCACAAGGCUGAAAUACGAUGUCUCCUGGGCUCAGGUCACAGCUGGUGCCUCUUUGCAGUCCUUCUGCCCCACCUCCUGGCUAAGCAAAGCCAUUGUGUCCAUUGUGUGCAAGGCAAAUGGCAAAGGCGGGGUGGGGUGGGGGUGGCGCUUUGAAACAAGCCAGAAAGGAAUGAAGAAAAACCAGGCAAAUAGAAUUGAGUCCUUCACUGAGAGAGGGCUAGGGCAAGGGAUCUCAUUGCUGCAUGCCCAAUUUCCUCAGAAGAAUGCAGGGGCAAAAAUGGAAUGCUAUAAAAUGGUAUCGAAUGACUGUAAUGCUUCAGUCAGUCAAAACUGAUUGCUUAAAAGUAAGGCAGUUGAACUUAACGGCAAUUAAAAAUCACAACCACAAUUGCUGUAAUAUUCCUCGGUUGACGGUGUCAAUGAGGAGGAGGAAGAGGACUAAUGUGCUCUAAGCAACGACAUACAAGUUAUCUGCCACCCUUUCGUACACAUUCUGCCAUCUAUGCAUGUUCAUGCUACAGUCAGACUCAUCAGGAAGAACAGGUUGGUGCUGCUGGAUACCACAAUAUUAUGGCAAGAAACACCUUUCUAGCUUAUGUGGAAGUGUUUCCAAGUACAAAAUGAGGUUCCCAUUCACAAAAACAAACCUGUACUGAGUUGAGCAGAGUUUGUGCAGCAUUUGACACGUGCUGAGUGGGUAUCGGCUCGUUUCAGUACACAAGUGGCUUGCAGCGCAGCGUACAGACAAUGCCUCAUAAAACACAAUGCAGCAAAUACAGAUGGAUUUCUGAAUUCGGUUUGUUCUGAAGUCAUCCACUGGCCAUUACAGCAAAUGUCAAGCACCGUGGAGACGCAAUAAAGCUAUAUUCACCAUGAUUGUAUCCGUUGGCAUUAUGCGUGGUAGACCAGAGAGUGGCCAGCAGCAUCCUGAGAGAGUUGAUAAUAGAAUUGGUGUGCACUUUUGCUGAGUCCUGCUGAGCAUUCCCUGAGUCGGGGCUGCACCAUGGAGCUCCGUAAUGCUCAUUCAGAUAUACUUUUGCUGAUCAUAAUAGUGUGAUGUUGAUUUCCACCCAUAGUGUCAGAUUAUGGAGAUGUGGGUUCAAAUCCCCAUUUGCCCACUUUUUACCUUGUGAACCACCCUGAGACCUGCUGGUAUAGGGCGGUAUACAAAUUUAAUAAUAAUAAUAAUAAUAAUGAUAUAACCAUGCAACACACAGAGUGGAGUGUAUUCUUGUUUUUUAACCCAACUUGAAGAAGGAGAAGACCCUACACACACACACACACACACACACACAGUGUGUCCCCCAAAGUACUCUGGGAAAGCACAAAAUGGAGGGUGCUACAAUUUAUAGCUGAGGAGAAGUUGGGGGUAAAUCAUGUAAACAGUGCAGUACUUCAAAUGGAAAUCACACACCAUUUCACUUCAUAUUUUCAUUUUGCGAGGACUGCCUCAAACAGACAUGGCUUGUGACUUGUCUACAAGGUCAAACAAGAAGCGAGCGGCCAUGUUAGGAAUGGAUCCCAGAUUUAUUUUCACAACUGUUUGGUGUUUUUAACCACAAGCCUGAUUCCUUCGAAAGGGUAAAAGAAGGCAGAGGGAAUUUAGAUAGAAUGUCAUUACUUGAGUUGGAAUUUGUCCCGGACACUGUGGUUAACACUUCAUCUAAUGCUGGAGAGGUUUUUUUAUAUAUAUAAUUGGUCCUCAGGGCUUUGUAACAGUUCCCUGUUUGCUUAAGUAAACGGAGUAGUCAGCCCUUUAAAACACUGUGCGGACGAGACAGGAGCUAUUCCACAUUAGUCUUCAUUAGGCGGACAGCACUGGCUAGGCUGUGAAAUGCUGGUAGUUGACCACAACCUCCUGUAGAAAGCACCUUUUACCCCAGUGUUAAGCUUUAUGCAAUUUACAUGAGCACUUAACACCAGAAAACACUGGAUGUCACUGAACCAUAAAUGUUAAUGCUCAGUUUCCAUCCGGCGCAAUUCACAGGCCCAACAGUUGGCUGGAAAAGGGUGGAGGGGUCUAAAGCUAGCUUUAUUGAUUCCUCCAUUGAAUAAUAGAUUUAAUUCUAGGACUAAUAGGGUUAGCAAAGACAAGUUUCAGUGGGCCAGAUGAGGGUUUAUUUGUUUUUUUUAAAAAAAGAGCCCACCAUCUUUCCUUAAGGAAUUUCUCCUUGGAAAAGAAGCUUUUCCAGACAUGAAUGGAGAAAGACUCACAUGUCAUAAUUAUUUGCAUGAAUUGAGAACGGGAGCUGUGAAACUGGGCUGCACUGGGCUUCUAUGAAGCUUAAGUUGUAAGGAAGGCAAGUUUCCUGCACUUUUAAUAGUUGCAUAACUGAGAAUUUCAUCAGGUACAGCUUUAAAAAAUUUAUUUAUUAAUUAAACAAAAUAGUUAUAAUUAUUAAAUAAAAUAUUAUUAUCAAAUAAAAAUUAUUACUUAUUAAGUAUAAUUUAUUAAAUUUAUAAAACAAAUAAAUACAGCUUGCAUACCAUUUCCUCUUCUACACAACUUUUAAAGUUGCAGAAGCCAUGCCACCUUUUACAUACAUCUAAUUUAGAGGUGAAAUCAGAGUCCGAAACAUUUAUUCUUCUAUAGCCCAGAUGCCAUAUGAUAAUGCUUUAUGCUCUUAACAAAUACUAAAAAAAUAUUUUAAAUGUUUGUUUAUCAUAUUCUUAUGCCACUCCUGUUGGCAGACCAACUCUGUGUUACAAAGAUGUUUGCAAACAUGACAUGACAUGAAUGCUGGCAACAUCAACCCUGCCAUGUGGGAAUCCCUUGCAGACAACCACAGUGCCUGGAGACGGUCAAGUCAUGCAUCCACAGCCAUGACCAGAGGAGGAAAUAUCCUAUGCAUAUUUACUUGGAGGCACUGCCAUUUUUCUAGAAAAAGAGGUGCUGGAACCCACCAUGAAAACCUCCCUCUUUCUCUUAGAACAGCAAUGGUGUCCACCUGAGCAGUGCCAGAACUGAGUUAUGGUGUGUUCCCCCGAAAAAAGCCCUAGUUGGAGGUAAGUCUUAUUGUGCUCAUUUAGGCUUACUCCCAUGAAAGUGUGCAAAGGACUGUAGCCUCAGCCACUAUGAUACACCAGCUCACAUAGUUGGUUUGUUUCUAAUGCCUAAGCCAAUACUACUCGCCAAUAAAGUUGUGGCCCUUUUUAGCCCAUUAACCAAAAAUACUGGUUUCAUGUGUCUUUUUUUCCAACAUCUCGGGAGGGUUUGGGGCCUUGCCAUGCAACUGUACCCCCAUCUUAACCAUUUACUUGUUGAGGCAGCAGGCCAUAACAUUUGUCCUUCGAAAUCAACCCUGCCAGCUUUGCUCUGAGUAAAUCAGCAUGCCCAUGAGGUGUUUUGCAAAGGAGCAAUUUUUGCAUCACUAUGGGGUCCUCCUGUUAUUAACAAUUUCUUUCCACAAAGGAGCAAAAGAAAACCCUCCCUGGUACUUUUACCGAGUGUGUGUAAGGGAACAUCUCUCUCUGUGUUUCUCUUUCACAGAAUUUCUAGAAUAUGCACGCCUGAAUUCAUUCUGUUGCAUAAAAAUGAGAACCAUUUGGUUCAGGAAGCAAGCGAGAGGAGACGAACUAAAUAUUAUUAUUGUUAUCAUUGUCCAUAAAAUAAAUCUAGUCACUUAGUGACCUUGGCACGAGGUAUUUCCUGGGAAUUGAUGACUGAUUGGUGUUAAUGGCCCUCAGCUGCACCUCAGGCCAACAGCUCCUCCCAGCUGGUCAUUAAUCCACAGGAAAUGUCUCAGGUAUCGAUCCUUAUAGCUUAAUUAAUAAAUGCAACGUGUCUUAUGGUCUUAGAUUUAGAGAUGGACCUUUCUUUUUCUGCUGCUUUGAAGGUGACAUUUUUACCUCCACCCUCUCUGGAAAUAUUUCCUUUGAAAGCUUUUGUUUCAUUUUGUCUCUCAGAAUUCAUCUCUGCGAGGAGGCAGCAGAGAAUUUCACCCUUAGUCAGGGAAGAAGAGAAAGGAGUGGGGUGUGUGUGUGCGUGUUCAUGUGCGUGUGUGUGCGCACAGGAAACUUAAAUACCUAUUUAAAUUGGAAGCACACACCGAACAAUCAGAUCUGUGUGGCCGACAUCCACAUUAACACCCUGGUGUGCACAUAACCGUAGUCUCACGGUUUGUAAUUUAGUGCUACUCAGAGUAAACCAAUUUAAACCAAUGGAACUAAGUUGACAAUAUUCAUUCAUUUCAAUGGGUCUGCUGUCAGUAGGACUAGCAUUGGAUACAACCCAUUAUGCAUAAUGAGUAUGCCAGCAUCACAUACCCAUCCUAUGGUUAUUGUUAUGCUAUCUUAUGUUUUGAUGUGUCAGUUACAAAUAUCUAUAUCGUCACCCUUUAGCAACCCCACACACCAGGGGUGUACCCAGGAUCAAAACCGGGGGGGGGGGCAAGCCAUGGUUGUUCAGGUUGUGACCUUUCAGCACGGAAAAGGCAAAUGAAACCAAAAUUUUAAGAAAAUAAUAUAUAAUUAUAGCAGUGCUUUAUUACGGUAGUUAUUACAAUUAUUUGCUUGAAAAAAUAAUAAUUUUAUUCUAGUUACAUGUCUUAUACUAAUAUCAUUUUUCUUGGGUUUGAAGAAAAUUUGUUCAAAACUUUCGUUUCAAUCCAGUCCUGAUUUUCCUUGAAGAAUUUCCGAUGGACACUCAUCAAACACAACCCAGUCAGUCUGUCCUCUCCCAUUGUACUUCUUUAAUUUUCUACAGAAAUUAUUUAACUUACCUUUUUGGAAACAGUUUCUUAUAUCCAUUUAGGCAGCCUCGAUGUCUUCUAAAUGUAAAUAAGAAGGUAAACUAAUAGCGGGCGGCUCAGUUUAGUGGCGGGCGGCUCAGUUUAGUGACGUGGAACUCACUAGACCCCUCUAGAAGAUUCCCUCUUCUCUCUGCUAGAGCCCGCUAGAGGACUCUCCCUCCCUUGAAUCCCAAUGGCUGGCUGACAUAGAUUCCUCUACCAGUCGCUAGGUGGCUCUAGGUACUUCUCAGUUUUUACACCAUUUCAGUGUGGUAAACAACUGAUUAUUCGCCAUCGCCCUACCUAAUUUUGUUUCGUUUCAUCACUUUAUAACC